UCUCGCAGCCGGGCCGUGCCGUGCCGGGCCGGGCGCGGCGUCCCCGCCUCUCGGCGCCUGGGGGCUCCGCUCCGAGCUCUUGGGGUGCGCGGAGCUACCCCCCUUGGCUGAGGGACGCCCCUGGCUGCCGUCAGACUCGGGGGCGGCGGGUCUCGAGGUCCCUGCAGGGUGCGGGCAGGCUUCCGAGACCAACCCAGAGAUCCUCAUGGGUGAAAGCCCCAGGGAAGAUGCGCUCGUGUGUCUGUCCUCUCCAAACCGAGGAAAGCCCCGAGCGGGCGUUUUCCAAGGGCCGCUGGAGUCGAGAAGGGUGGAGCCCCCGGCUCUGGCGCCGGGCAGCGAUUCUAAGCUGGGGGUACCGCGCGGCGUUGGCACUGGAAUUAAAAUGUCAUCAUGGGUCAAAGUUACCAGGGGUCAAGUUCAAAAGCCUGUUGUGGAUAAAAGGCGUAGACCCGGAUGGAGUCCACACCUUCUGGAUAUGAAUCCUUAUAAACCAUACCAGAAGAGUGUUUAUUCUCCUCCAGAUGGUUAUUCAAAGGACUUUGAAGAUCUUAAUAGUUUUGAAGAACUACUUGGGCAACAGUAUGAUUAUUCAGCAGGGAAUGAAGAUCACUAUGAGCGAUAUCAGUAUUCCCAAAAAGAUGACGACUACACCAGGGAUGAUCGUAGGGAGAAGCUAUACCUGCAGUUUUACCAACAGAUACAGAAAGAAUAUGAUAAAAAUAGACCUGCUGACUGUGUCAUUGUUGCCAUCAGCAAGGAACAAACGGAAUAUUCAACAGCCAUAGGCCAUCGGUUGCAGGAUCAUGGCCUUGUGGUGGAAAUGAUAUACCUUACAUCUGAGUUGGGUCUCACACGCGCACUCCAAGAAGUUAAAAAUGAUGGUUCCCCAUUUUGUAUUCUUGUUGAACAGUCAAAUGUAGCACUUUCCUCUUGCACCGCAAUCAUGCUUCAUGAGUCUAUCAAAAUACACCGUAAUAUGCCCAUGGAGGAUGCAUUGGCUCUGGUAGCUAAAGCAUUUGGGAAAAUUUUUGCUGAGCGCGAGCAGCAGGAGCGUACCGAGAUUUCACACAAAGCAGCUGAUCUGGCGGAUGACUACCUAGAACGGGAGCUCUAUGAGAGUUACAGUGUGCCUCUGGGCAUUAGACAUCUUCUCUUUCUGUUAAGUGAGGGAAAAUAUUUAUAUCGGGAGGAGUUGAACUCAAUAAGUGACUACCUGAAGACCAGGAAAGAUGAGCUUGAAGGCCUUGUUGAACAAACUAAUCCUUCCACUGAAGUUGAUGACACGCUGUAUCAAGCAAAUGUGAGGCCAAGUACAAGCACUGCCACCCAUACCUUAAGUAAACCUCCUCCUCUUCUUCCAACACCAAGCAGGAAUGCUCUGUUAGGCCUCUCGCCCCUUCCUCAGGUUAAACCCGCAUUGUUGGGGGAUAGGCCACCUGGGGGUCUUCUUCCAACACCAGGGAUGUCAGGCACAAAGAGUAAACCUCCACCUCUUCUAGCAGGACCUCCUAAAAGACCUGGUCUCCUAGGAUACUCACCCCAUCAGCCUUCAAAACGACCACUGCUUGGAGAGAAACCAGGCCUUCUGCCAACACCAGCUGUUCAUGUUAAACCAGUGCAGCAUCAACGGGUAGUUAAACCAAAGCCUUUGCUUAACUAAGAAGACAUCACAGAUGCCGUGUUUAAUAAUGGAAUACACCAAACCGGAUGGUGACAAUCCUGUUCCAAGACAGCAGAGAGCAUGAUAAACUUGUAAUGCUAGUGUCUGCACACUCAGACCAACUUAAAUGCAUCUCAUUUUCUGUUGCACACAUUCCUAUGAAAACUCUUUUUAAAAUUUGAAGAAGUUCUGUUAAAAACAAAAAAAUGUUUGUGGAAGGUCAGUAUUGCAGAUUCAUAAUUUGUAAGGUUUUCUUUCGUGACUAUUUAAAUAUCUCUCUGUUUUACUAAACUCAUCACUGAUUGCUUGUGGUAAAAUUUCACCUGACUCUUCUGUCUAAUCAUUUUAUAUGUAGGUAUAGUCGGACUUAAUUUGGUACUCUUUCUGGGCAAGGAUGAACAAAACUUCUUUUUCUUGUUAAAAACAAAGUCUGUGGGGUGAUGGGAUCUGCUGUGCAUUUACAUUCAAAGUGUUCUCUACUCUCUCUGCAGCUUUCUUAACAAAGGUGAAGACACUCUGAACAUACCUCAACUCCAUAUUGAAAGUGUCUUUUGCUUAGCUGACUUCUAAUAGUUUUGAAAUAUUUUUUAAAUGAGAUCAUGUAUUUAAUACUGUAUUAUGCUACAAAUACUUUACCUUUUCCUUCUCUUGGAAAGUCUUUCAAUUUCUAUUUAUAAUUUGAGGUAAAGGAGGACAAGAGAUAGAAGCCUUAAGAAAAUGUGCUAAGUAUACUCAUAAAUUUAUUUUAGGUAAAUGAUGUUGAAGUCUACUUUAAUUUUUGUUGUUCCAUGCAAGCCAAUAGUGUACUAGAUCCAAUUUAAUUUGGAGCUAUAAAAUUACACUUUUAUAAAUAUUAAAUUUGGACACCCAUUCUACUGUGUAGUUUUAAUUAACACAUGAAAAAUAGAUGAUUUUCAUGUGCCAGCAACCAAGGCUAACUAAUAACACACUGGUAAAGUUCAAAAAGUUCUAGGGAUACUGUAUUUAGUCUGAAUUUGUGGAUUUCCGUUUCCUUUCCCCUGUGUGCAAGAAUCCUACACAGGAAAAACUGUUAAAUUGACUGCACAGAGAGUCCUUAGUACUACUCACUAUAACCAAAAUUUUACUCUUUUAAAUCUGUUGUUAUCAUAAGUUAUCACUUUGUACAGUAAUAGAUAAAAUGCUUUUUUAGACAGGAGUGAGACAUUAAAUUGGUCAGAAUAAGAGCCCAGGAAAACAUGGAUUGGAAAAAAAUAUAUAGCUUUUCUGGCAAUACUCAACAUGUCUUCAGAAAUGACUUUAGCCCGUUUAAUUCCUACUGAUGUAUUUAUUUUGUUGCUAACUGAGGAUCCACAACAUUAAUAAAAUUGUCCUCUCAACACCCAUGUAGUAUUAGGAUAUUACACAGAUGAGGCUCUAAGGUACAAAGUAAACAACUUCCCCGUGGUCACCUGUAAAGUCUUGUUAGAAUUAGUAAUUGAACCAAAUCCCCUUGAUCGCCCAGAUAGUGUAUUUUAAUAACAAGAUCAUUCUUUCUUAAAGGAUUAAAAGUGGGUAGUCUAUAUUCAUUAAGACUCUGAUCUUACUCCUGUGAAAACCAAUGGAAGUGAGACUCUAAAAGAUGUGUAUUUGUAUUGAGAGAGACACCUCAAUGGAAAAAUCUUAAUAGAAGCAAGAUACUGUAGUUCUUACCUGAGUGGAGUUUGUUGAGGUAGUACCCUGCUUUGCCUCCAACAGGCUAUUACGCUGAAAGAGUAAGUUACAUUGAAAUAUCGAGUUUGCUAUUGCAAUGUAAACCCAGAGGAUUUUUUCAGUGAAAGAGCUUUAGUGGGUGAAGCUGAGCUGCUGCUCUAACAGACUCAACACAUUAAAGUAGUUUGGAUCCUUGCUUCCUUUACAUUGCUAGUGCAGGCUCUUAAACUGUUUUAAACUCAAUUACGCAAGAAGAAAAGUGGUUGCUUCUGCCCUUAAUGGAUAUCUGGCAAUUGCAAUGGUAAAAUACUACUUAUUUUUAAAUGAAUUAAAUCAAGGCAGAACUUUUUUAUUAAAAGAUCAUUAACAAACAUUUACUGUAAUGCAAACUGUAUUAAGACAAAGGCUAAAAGUAAAUCAGGUUAAGCUGAAACAUUUUGUAAAGCAUUUCUAAGAUCUUAAUAGGUGUAUAUUACCUAGGACUCUCAUUUUAAAACAGUUGGAACUGUUUCCCUUCAGGAAAGUAGGGUCUAAUAGCUGAAGAACAAGGCAAGAAGAUAGAUCAGCCUUCUUUUCCUAAUAUCCCCUCCAGUAGAUGGUACAUUGAGGCUUCAAUGAGGAUUUUGAAAGUUUUGGAGAUUCUUAAAUAGGAUGCUUUGCUCAUCUAUGGUGCCUAAUGUACCUGCCAAAGUUAAUGCAGGCCAUCUUCCCCAAACACCGAAGCAGUGCAGGAAAAUGUGUUAUUCUAGGUAUAUGUGUAAAUUGAACCAAACCUGGACUGCACUUUUGAAAGAGAAAUUAAUUUCCAGUUGUUUUAUUGUAAUGCUAACUUGUAAGUCAGCAGGUAGCUUUUUAGAGGCUUUUAAAAACCUUUGCUUUAUGUUGCUUUUAAAAACCUUUUAAAAUCCUAUAUGCUGGUACAGGAUCCACAUAGCUUCCAUUCUGUUUUUUUUAAAGUGCUAAUUAUUUUGGUAACAGCAAUUGUUUUAAUUUCACUGGAAUAGCUUUUAAGUUGACCAGUAUUCUUUGUCCUUUACUUUCAAACUUUAACAUAGUUGAUAAUAAAUUAUAACAGGCCCAUUGCCAGUUAUCAGAGACUCCUCUGGUUAUAUUGUAUAAAUUGGAUAUUAAUUGUUAAAUGUAUUCUGUUCAGCUCUCCAUUCUAAUGACAUCCUAGAUGCAAUUUAUUUUUCUGAAUAGUCACUAUAAACUGGACUUGGGAGCAGAAAAAAAGUCAGGUGAGAUUUUAACCAGAAAUUUAAUUUAGUGCUAGAGGAAAAAUGAAAGUAACUUUCACAUGAAUUUCAAGCUAAUAUGGACAUUAUGUUUGCAUUUAUUUGAACACUUUUCAUGCCAUCACUUUUAACGCCAUCACUUUUCACACCAUCACCAUCAUUUGACUUCACUGUUCCUGAGCUGCCCUAGGGACUCUUGAAUUUGUGUUCCGUCGUCUCUCAAAACUGCAUUUUGCUUCCUACUCGUCUUAAUUUUUAGUUGAAUUUGCUUUUCUACAUCCGAAUUGUAAUUGCUUCUCAAGUACAUGCCCACAUCAGGUUGAUCUAUUCACUUCUCAGCUUGGAUACUGAAGUAAGGCAGAAGUCCUGUGGGUGAAGCCAAGUUUUCUUCCUAGUUCAGAGUUCUAGCAAAUAACACUAACUUUAGGGAACAGAUGUUAAUUGUUUUAUUUGCUUGACUUCAUUUAAUAUUAGAGAAGGUGCUACAGAUAUUUUUGACAUUGACUGACUUUUUUGCUUGUUUUACGAAAAAACAUGUCCCUUUGGGAUGAAGGAUCUUGUUUUUCCCCUUUUGCAGUUAACCUAAUACAGCAUUAGAUUGUGAUGAAUUCAGAACUGUUCUAAUGUUUGAAUAGCAGCACCCGUGAGAAAUUGUGGGGACGGAGAGUGAGAACCAUGGCCUCUGCCCAAAAUAAAUGGAAGAGGGACUGCCUCCUGAGCUCCUUUGAAAGAUGGUAGAAGUUGCAAAGAAAACUACCAGGGUGAGAGCAAACCUGUCAUCCCUUCCAGUCUCACUAAGGCUAUGGUCACACAAACAAGUUACUAAUGGGCAGAAAAGGUGGGGCUUUUACCAUGUGUCAUCUGCUCUGUGGUAACUGCCCAUGUGCGUCUCCCUGCUCUGUGGCAGAUGAGACCUAACCCACAGAAGAUUAGCUAUCCUAUAGAGCAGUGAUUCUCAUUCAGCAUGCUGUUGCACACUGGCAUGCCAUGGGAUACUUUUAAGGGUCCUGUGGGGUGCUGCACAGUAUUAGCACUGUUAGGUGUGCAAUACCUACACAUGAUUUACAGAAUAAACCCAUAAGAUUCCAAAUAGAAAUCCAUAGUGUCAAAAACAUUCUGACCUAUUGUGGUCUUUCUGAGUUCUUUGCAACAGAGGAAUUGCUUUGUUACUUUUUUUUAGUUGAGAAUCACGUGAAAGCUAAGAGCUGGCAUUUUUCAAAGAGUACUUAGUCUAAUGAGGUUGAGAGCCACUGUUACACAGGAGUCUAGACCUUAUACUCGGCCAGGAGUGGUACAGAGACUUGAGAUGCUGAGAUUUCCUUGCAGUAACAGAUCAAAGAGUUUCUAGGAGUUUAGAGAGAACCCAGCAGGGUGAAUGAGGAAGCAGGUCACUUCCUGCCCUGUUCUCAACUCUUUGUUUAUUAAUAGGCAGCUGGUUGUCUGCAGGUGAAAGGUAUACAGCAAACAUCAGUAUUUUAAGAGGAAAAAUCAGGAGGAUUUUGGCAUAAUCCCAAAGGGAAGUGGUUCAGACUUAGAAAACUUGUAGGUAAGGUUAAAUUGGGCUCUGGGAAUGAAUUAGGCACUGUAACAGCCCCUCUAAGUGAUACCAUGUAAGAACAAUGCAAUUAUAGAUUCAUAGAUAUAGGGUCUUGAAGGGACCUUGCAGAUCUUCUAGUCUGACCCCCUGCCCUGGGCAGGAGAGAAAACUGGGCUCAAAUGACCCCAGCCAGGUAAUCGU